AUGGCGGACGGCAUUGAAGUCUCAGAGGUGGUCUACCCACCCAUCUCUGCCUCCAAGCAGAACCGCAUCAACAUCUGGCGAACAGAGGUCGCUACGGCCCUGCUCCCCGCCGACAACGCCUCUGUCGCCUCACCCUCCGACUCGUGUGCUCCGUCAUCCUCUACAACAUCAACAAAAUCAUCGUCCUUUUCUCGCCGGUCUGCUCUGCUGGCUCGCGGCCGCAACUUCUUCUCCGGCAUCGCUCGCCGCCUCUCUGGCAACCAUCGCGACGCAAGGAGCGAGACCAGCGAUGGCCCGAUCCGUACAGAAAUGUACACAACCCUACGACCAGACUACAUCCCCGGCAAUGUCGACUACCAGCGCCUGCUUGCCACGCACAACGCAGCAGACGAAAAUGGAGAGGUCUCGCUAGGCGAAAGCAACCUUUCUGGCCGCGAUGCCGCCUUACGAGAACGUCAAGACCGCCUAAGACGAGCAGCUAAGCUGCUCCAACAACCGGCCCUCAACAAGGCCCCUGUACCAGUCAUCGCCUGA